UUUGGUUAUGGUCAGUUAUGGGUGGCGUUUGAGUUUUGCGACAAAGAUGGAUGCCGAAAGUGUGGAAGCCGGUGAUAAAAAUCACUUAAACAAUGUUUUAUCAGAAACCGAGAUUGCCAAUUUACCAAAUGGCGUCGCAAAUAAAAUCAAUUCAUAUAUUGAUACAAAAUUUGAGGAAUAUAUGACCUCCAAGGCUCUUCUAGAAACCAGCAAAACACAAAUUGAUGAUAAGAUAAGAACAGCAGAAGCAACAAUAUUAGAAUUUAAAUCAAAAUAUGAAGUAACAGCCAAAAAAUUAGAAAUUGCUGAUGAAACAGUUGCCGAACUAGAAAAGCAAGUAGGCACUCUAACUGCAGAUCUGAAUACAGCAAAUGAAAAAAUUGUUCAAUUGGAAAAUGAGAUCAUUUCUCUUAAAAAUGCUAGAGAUGCCGCAGUUGAUGAACGAAAUGACCUGACCCAUAUACUGGAACGGCGAAAUGCCAAAAUAGAGAUGUUAAUCGCUAAUGAAACUUCCCUUUCUGAACAACUGCGUGCUGCUAUUGAUUCAAAAUGUGAAGCACUAACAUUAAAUAAUGAUAUCCAAAGUAAAGAAUUAGCUUUACAAUAUCGUGAAAAACGUAUGGAACAAGAAAGGGUUCUUUUGAACACUCAAAUAGCUAGUCUCACUGAAGAAGUUAAUAGUUUAACUUCAGAAUUACAAACACACAGAUUAAAUAAUACAAGCCGUUUAGUCGGUUUAGAAGCAGAAUUAUCCAAAAGAACUGAAGAACUUAAGUCUGCUAAUGACACCAUUGAACAACUCAAUGAAAUGAAGAAGAAAUUAAAUGAUCGCGCUGAAAAUCUUACUCAAAGAUUAGUGGAACAAAGAGAAAUAGAAAAGAAAAUGACUGAAAAUUACAAAACAGAACUUGAAGCUAAAACUAAACUUGCUGAUUUAUUAAAAACAAUGCAUGAUGAUUCUGAAGCUAAGGCUACAGAACUUAGUGAAGGCAUAAGUGAGCUACAAAAGCUUUUAAAUGAAGCCACUGAGAAAUAUGGCGAUUUAGAAACCAAAUACAAACAAGCUGAAAAAGACCAUGAAGAAUUAAUGGAAAAGAAAAAUGAAGUAAUAUCAUCACUAAAAAGUGAAUUGGAGCAUGCUAAUGACCUGAUUAAAGCAGCGGCCGCACAGAAUUUAGAUAUGGCGCUCAACGAUCUGGCGCCAUCUGCGGCUACUGCAAGCAAACUUUUAAAAUCUGGAAUGUCCUUAACACAGAUUUAUUCACAAUUAGUUAAAGUAACUGAUGAUUUGUGUCGAGAAAAGGAAGAAACUAGAAGACUAACAACAACAAUCAAUAACAUUGUUCAAGAAUUGGAAGAGAGGGCACCAAUGCUACAAAAACAAAGGGCUGAGUAUGAAGAGACAUUAGAUUGCAAUUCUGCUUUAACACAGCAAAUCGAAUUAUUGACAAUAGAGUGCAACAGGCUAAGAGAUGAUUACAAUGAGGCCUCGAGGCUAUCUAAUCAUUACAACAGAGAGAAUGGCAAAUUAAAAGGAGAGUUAGCAGAUUUGGGUAGACAGGUUUGCUUUUUGUUAAAAGAAAUUGAACAUGGCCGAGGUGGCUUAUUAAAUGGUGACCAUGAUGUUUCUCACACUGAAUGUAACACAUCAAAUGCAUCAGACAAUAAUUCUUCACGAAUUAUGUCCAAAACUCUUGUAACAUUCAGUGAUAUUCAAGAAUUACAAUCCAAUAAUCAAAAACUUCUGAGAAUGAUUCGUGAAUUAACUGAUAAACAAGAGGAGCUGGAAAAGCAUAAGGAACAGUUUGAAACUGGGGAAAUGCAGAAUAAAAUAGACACUUUAAAAUCACGCAUAUCAGAGCUUACUGAGGCGCAAGAUAGGCAAACAAAAAUGGUUACUGGUCUUAUUAGACAACGUGAUAUGUUUAAAAAGUUGUAUCACGACCAUAUGAAAGGGAAGCGUCAUGAAUUGUCUUCAGAAUUAGACACUUCAGAUUUGGAGAAAGGAGAUUCCUUUGAGAUGGAUCAGACUAGAUUAGAGAAAACUUCUAAACCUUUACUGUCAGAUGUAUCAGCAGCCUUUGAAAUUAAAUACAAUGAAACAGAAAAACAACUUGAGCUUCUGAAAGAAGAAUUCAAAACCUAUAAGGAGGAGAAAGUUACAAAUGAGAGGAUGCUAUUUGAACAAAUUGACAAUAUGAGACAAGAAAUAUCAAAAUUAACAGCUGCAAAUAGCAAGUACGCGUCUACGGCAGAAUUUAAUAAUGAGAGACUUAAAAUAUUACAGACGAAUAUUGCAACUUACAAGAAGCAAAUUACCUCACUGGAAGAAAAAAAUAAAACAUAUAAUGCUACUAUUGCUAAGCAUGAGGUGUCAUUGCAGCACCUAAGAGAUGAGGCACUAAACUCUCAAAACAAAUUAGCCACUGCUGAAAUACAGUUGGACAACUUAAAACUUGAAUGUAAAUUAUUAAAAGACACUGAACAUAGACUACAAACUGAAAAAGAAAUACUAAAUCGUGAAAGGCAAGGACAGUCCCUCCUACUCAAAAAUUUGGAACUUGUUAAAGCUAGUGUAGAACGUUUAGAAACAGAAAAUCGCACCAAAUUAGAAUCGCGAUUGGAUGAAGCUACAAGAGAAUGUUCUGCAAUACGUAUGAGACUUCAAGAAGAGCAAAAUAGAUUUAGGGAACUAGCCGCUCACCUUGAACGACAAACAGAAACUGCUAAACAGAGGAUGGAAGAGGAGAAAAAGGCAGCUGAUGUAAUGAGAAAGGAAAUUACCCUUCUAAGGAAUGACUUAAAUGAAAAGAAUAAAGCAAAUGAGGACCUCGUUAGGAAGCUCAAAGAUGCUCUGGAUCCUAAUGUAGACAGUACAUUAGAUUCACUGAAAAAAAUAAAGGAAUUGGAAAAUAAAGUGUCUGAUAAAGAUGGUGAAAUUAAGUCACUCACAGAUCAAUUAAAUAACGCAAAGGAGCAUAUAAAACAAUACUGUGACAUAUCUGAAGGCGCGGAAAAAGGAAUCAAAACCCUUAGCAUUGAAUAUGAGAGUUACAAAACAGCUACUGAAAUGAAACUAACUGAAUAUUCUCAAAAAGUACAACAGUUAGAGGAAAGAUGUUCAGAAUUAGAAGCUGAAUUAUCCCUCCAAAACAAUGGGGAGUAUGCCAGUAUCAAUACAAAUCUGAAAACUGAGUUAGCUAAUUGUAAGCAAGAGUUAGCAGCUGCUGUAUCAAAUUUGGAGACCCAUCGAACCGAUUUGUUAAGUGCUCGAGCUGAAAUCACUAAACUGUCUGAGGCUGUCCAAAAAGCUGAGGACAAAUACACACAUGAGAUGAUAUUGCAUUCUUCUGAUAUUCAAACACUCAGUAAAACCAAAGAAGAGUUAUCUAGGGUCCAAAAUGAACUAAAUGAAUUAGUGGCAUUGAAGAAUCAAACCCUUGAAAAAUUGGAAUUAGAAAAGGCCUCGUGGCUUGAGAGGCAAAAAUCUAUUACAAAAGAAAAUGAAGAACUGGUACAGAGAUUUAAAGACAUAUGUGAACAAAAUUCUGUCUUACAUGAUCAAAUCCAGGCUUUGGGCACACAGUUAUCUGUCGCCCAUGCAUCACGUUCACACUCCGAAAGUCUUAAUGAGUCUGCCAACGAUUCAAAUAUGAGUGUGUCGGUUAACGAAGACGAUGUGAAGUCAUCUGAACAGAUGUACAGAAUUGUGAAGUUCCUAAGAAAAGAAAAAGAUAUAGCCCUAGCUAAAUUUGAUAUCUUACAAGCAGAAACUAUGAGACUAAGAUCACAGCUGGAAAUAACUGAAAAACAACUCGAUGAAGCAAAAUUAACACUUGCUGCCGAAAGAGAAAAGUAUGAAGUUAGUUUGGUAACAGUUAAUAGGCAAUCCGAUAUCUUAAGGAAAGUAGAGACCCUCGAUGCUAUAACCGAUAGUAACAGAGUGCUGAGAGAAGAAAGGGACACAUUGGCGUCUAGAGUAGAGGAACUUUCUAAAGCUACCAAAGCUUUGGAGGAGCAAUUAUAUCCAUUGCAAGAAAGUGUAGCUGAUUUAACUUCCAAAAACGAAACUUUACAAUCUGAAAACACAUCUCUUAAAUCUGACUGUGCAAGGUGGAGGACAAGAGUUAAUGCUUUAGUUGAGCGUGCUAAUAAAACAAGCCCUGAAGAUUGGAAACGGCUACAAAAUGAACGGGAAACUCUUGCCAAAAUGUUGACAAAUGAAAAAGAAGCUUUUAAAAAAGUCAACGAGGAAUUGGGGGCUUUAAAAGUUGAAAAGUCCAAAUUGGAAGAACAGUACACUAUAUUGUCGCGGCAACAAAACCAAUUAGUUGAGGAAAAUAGGAAACUAAACGAGGAGGUACAGACACUUAAAGAUGAUAUGGCUCGUCUUACAGAGGAACUAUCUAAAAUAAAGGCAGCACACGAUAAUCUCUCGGAAACCAAUGUAAAACUGUUAGAGGACUUAAAUGAUAAAGAUGCUUCAUUAACCGAUAUAAGAACUAAAGAAAUACAAAUACGAAAAAUUGCCAAGAAGUAUAAAGGACAAUAUGAAGAACUUGUUAAAACCGUGGACGAAGAUAAAAAGAAAAGUGAAGGAGAAGCGGCCGCCGCGGGCGUAGCGUUAGCCGAGACUUCUAAGAAAAUGGAAGACCAAUUGAGUGAGCUUCAAGGCCAAGUACAAGGAGAAAAGGCGAGCAACGAAAAACUCAAGCAAGAACUGGAAACGUUGCGCACGGCCAAUAUGGACAAAGAAGAGAAAGCAAAACAAGUUUUAAAACAAGCAAAGAGCAAAAUAGUACAGCUCACUGAGUCUAAAAACAGUUUAAACCGAGAGGUAGAGGAGUUACGCAGCAAAAUUGGUGCCAUCGAGCAAAGCACGCGAGAGGAGCUCGAGGUUCGAAUAGCUUUGCUAAAAUCUCAAUACGACGGUCGACUGUCGCGUCUGGAAAAGGAAAAAACUGACGUACAAACAGAGAAAACACGAGAAGUAGAAGCUCUCCUCCAAAAAGUGAACAUGCUUCAAAGACAACUAGCGAAUCAAUCUUCCGCGGGUAAACAGCAAACCACAACGGAGAAAGUCACCUCAGAUCCUCCUACGGCGAAUAUAAAACCAAUGGCAGGCGUGGCGCAGCAGAGCGUGACGGCGAGUCGGCGCGGCGGCGAGACCCCG